AUGGCGGAUCAUGAAAAUUUAGCUGAUACGUACUUCGGGAAUUUGGAUUCCGAGGGCGAAUUUGAAGGCUUUGAGGAAGCAGACUUGGUGAACCCCAUAUAUGAUGUGGUUUCGGCUCGGUUUCGCAACACCUACACUCAAGACGAGAACAUUGCCAUUUAUGAGGGGAUGGUCCCGUGGAGAGGACGUUUGAGGUUCAAAAAGUACAUACCCAACAAGCCAGACAAGUUUGGUGCAGACUUUGAUCCUGACCCUAACGCAACGGUAGGCGAAGUUCAGUUGGGCCAUUCCUAUGGCAUGGUGAUGGGGCUGCUACCAAGAUCAAAUCUUCUGAACAAAGGCUACUGCCUGUAUGUUGACAACUUUUACUCAUCUCCAACCCUGUUCGACAGAUUGUCUGCUGAGAACACAAUGGCUGUUGCAACUGUACGACUAAAUCGCUGUGAAGUACCGGUCGCCCUGAAAACUAAAGCAAAAGGAGGCGAUGUAAUGUAUAGGCAAUGUGACAAUCUGCUGGCUAUGAAAUGGACAGACAAAAGACACAUGGGUGGCGUGGAUCGCUCCGAUCAGCUCGGGAAGUAUUACAGUUUUUCAAGGAAAACCAAGGAAUGGUGGCUAAAACUGUUCUUCCACAUCAUCAAUCUAGUGGUUACAAACGCCUACAUUUUGUAUCUGAAAAAUCGUGGCGAAGGAAGACCACUGACGCACUACAAGUUUCGGCUCGAGCUUGCGAAGCAGAUGAUGGCCAGCCAUGAGAUGGUGAAGGUUCCUCGUGGGCGUCCAUCAAUCCAUCGGGAUCAGGAGAAGCGCCUGACAGAAAGUCAUUUCCCUUGCCUCAUUCCAGCCAAAGAAGGUGCAAAGGUGAAAAAUCCCACAAGGAAGUGUGUGUUGAAUGAAAUUGACAUAGAAGAUUAA